CGGCUUCUGCGGAGGACAAGGGAAGCUUUCCUCCUGCAGGUCUGACUUCUCCAAAAUGAGCAGCCUGGAUGAGGGCGGCAACCUCCCUGUCGCUGAAACCUGCGGCCUCGCUACUCCGGACCAUGCCCCGGGACAUCGGGACCUGAACCAGUGCGAGGGCGAGGAAACCGAGGCGACACAGGUGAUGGCGGGCACAGGUGAGGGCGGCCUGGAGCCCACCGCGGAGGGAGGCGCUCCCCGGGACCCCGUGGGUUAUGGCCCCGCGCUCCGCAUUCGAGUUGCCUGCAGUCGCGGCCGUGCAGCGACCAAAGCGGGCCGGAAAGAGACCCCGCCUCCCACGGAGGGUCUGGAAGCAGCCUCUGCCUCCGCCUCGGGGGCAACCGACAAUAGCCAGGAAAAUGGCUGUCAGCGUAGAGAGCCGCGCGGCCCUGCUGGGGAGAAAGCUCUAGAAGCCUGUGGCGCAGGGGAAUUGGGGUCUCAGAUGAUGCCUGGGGCGAAGGCCAAGGAAAUGACAAAAAAGUGCGUCGUUUCAGCGGCUGCGGAAAAGGAGGGAGUAGCGGAGGAAGUGGUGGAGGAAAAGAAGGUGAUACAGAAGGAAAAAAAGGUGGUAGGAGGAGUGAAAGAGGAGACACGGGCCAGGGCCCCGAAGAUCAAUAACUGCAUGGACUCGCUGGAGGCCAUCGAUCAGGAGCUGUCAAAUGUAAAUGCCCAGGCUGACAGGGCCUUCCUUCAGCUGGAGCGCAAGUUUGGCCGCAUGCGAAGGCUCCAUAUGCAGCGCAGAAGUUUCAUUAUCCAAAAUAUCCCCGGUUUCUGGGUCACCGCCUUUCGGAACCACCCCCAGCUGUCACCAAUGAUCAGUGGCCAAGAUGAAGACAUGAUGAGGUACAUGAUCAAUUUGGAGGUGGAGGAGCUUAAACAACCCAGAGCAGGCUGCAAAUUCAAGUUCAUCUUUCAGAGCAACCCCUACUUCCGAAAUGAGGGGCUGGUCAAGGAAUAUGAGCGCAGAUCCUCUGGCCGGGUGGUCUCUCUCGCCACCCCAAUUCGCUGGCACCGGGGCCAAGACCCCCAGGCCCAUAUCCACAGGAACCGGGAAGGGAACACUAUCCCCAGCUUCUUCAAUUGGUUCUCAGACCACAGCCUCCUCGAAUUCGACAGGAUUGCCGAGAUUAUCAAAGCAGAACUGUGGCCCAAUCCCCUGCAGUAUUACCUGAUGGGUGAAGGGCCCCGCAGAGGAAUUCGAGACCCAGCAAGGCAGCCAGUGGAGAGCCCCAGGUCUUUCAGGUUCCAGUCCGGCUGACUCCUGCCCAUGGGAGAAUCUUGCACACGAGUUUCCUUGCCACCUCCUGUUGGACCUGUGCUUAGCCAACAGCAUGCAGUCUUCUAUCUGCUUUCUCUUCACACUGCGUUAUUUGGUUCUUUGGUUCUUCUAAAUCUUCAACAAUCACUGCUGGCAAGAUUGUCGCUUGUAUGCUUAUUCUCUUCUUCCUCUGGGCCUGCAUGCUGUUCUGCAUCGUGUUACAUGUUCCAAGUGCCUGGCCUUCCACUGCCUCCAUGCCAAGCACGUGAUGCUGUAGAUACGCGCUGCCUUCCUUGGCAUGCCUUGGGCCCUGUCUGUGACCAUGCUCUUCUCCCAGUUAUUUAAGUGCUUAUCGGCCACAAAGAAGCUUGAUAUAUCUUUGCAAAUAACUAGCUGGGCAUCGUGCUUUAUGCUGGCUGUCCUCCUGAUACCAGUGUACUCUAUGACAAGCUCUUUGAGUUUCACUGCUGCAAGAUGAAGCUGAUGUAGGUGAUGCCAGCCAUCAAUCCAAACUGGACAUUCCAGGCUACCACUAACUGGUUCUCAGCUGUCUUCCUGGGCUGGUGCCAUCCACCCUGCUGAUUAUCUGGCAGAAUAAGCAGGUGGCUGGUGGGUGGCUAUUAGGCAUGAAUGAGGUAACAGAUGAGAGGUGUUCUGUGUUCUCACUUUGGUCUUAUUAUGCCUUUGGUCACUCUGCAUUGUGACCAGGUACUGGUGAGUAUGAAGGCCUGUGCUAUGGCCCACCCAAACCUGCUCUCAGCCUUCUGGAUGAGCUUUGCACAGGCACCAUGCCUGCCUCCUUAGGAACUAUCUGUGGACUUAAGUUCCUAAGCAGCACAUAGGGACACCACCGCCCCCCACCCCCCGCCCCAAACCCAAUGGCUGUUAGGCAGGUUGGGCAGUCAUAUGUGACAGUGCCCAAAACAAGGCUGGUAUGUGGGUCCUUUCUAGCAGUUGGCCUUUCUGAGCCCUAGCCAACAAACCACCUAGGCACCUUUGUUGGGCAUCCCCCUCCUAAGCCCUCCUGCAUCCAUUCUGAACAUGACAAAGUCGCCAGUGUGGAGGCACUGGGGAAGAGGUAUUUCUGAUCUGUGGAGCCUGUUAUGGACCUGUCUCUGUCUGCCUCUCUCUGUCUUUGUCUCUUUCACCCUCUGCCUCCCUCCGUCCUUCCCCUGUUCUCUUUCCCUCCUCCCUCCCUCUGAAGCAGUUACAGCUCAGAAACAGAAAACAAAACUGGCAAAGCAGGCUUUUUGUUUAAUUUGCUCUGUCCUUGAUUGUGUCCAGAGGGAGAAAGCUACUGUAUGAUAGACACCAGAUCUCUUACUGCCCUCAUACCUCCACCCCACUUCCUUUAGCAAGGUCUAAACGUUUCAAAGGGAGAUCUGUAGGUAAUUGCUUAGUGAUGGGAAGUGAUUUUUUGGGGCCAACUUGGACAACCCCACCCUUUUUCCCUAUCCAUUCACCAAAACCUUCUGUGUGUUUCUUGAGCUUUAGUUUGAGAAGCUGGGAGGAGAGACAGAAGGGCCUCACAGUGAUGGGUUCAAGACAGACCCAGAGCAGGUUUUGAUCUAAAGCAACCAAAACUUAGUUUUACUCCACUUUUCUAAACAUGGAAAUUCUUUUUUGGGCCUUGGACCACUUAGAAAUAACCCAAGACAGCAUUUUGAGGGUCAACCCUGUCCUUUGUACUAUUCAGUUACCACCCUGAUGUGCCAGGGGCUUCCACCCUACUGCCUGGCCUUGGCUCUCAGUCUUCAGCUUCCCCAUAUCCUUCCCUGCUUCUGUCCUAACAAAGGAGGGAGCAGGCUGCAGUCUGCAUUGUGGGAGAUGCCAAGCCUUCCUCUUACGAGGUAAGGGGAUGUGUGGAGUCUGGAUUUCCAGGACAAGUUCCAGUAGGUGGGACAGCAGUGCUGUCAGGGCUCUCCUAUUUAUGGAGAUGUAUGGUCGUUAUGACUAUCCACCCUUAUCCUUUCUCCUUUCUUUUUGAAGGCCUGAGCUCCCCGAGGGCAGCUCCACAGAGCAGUGUGUGU